UAGCAUCACAGGAAUACAGCCCCUUCGUCCGUCAUCGCCUUCCAACUCCAUCAGUACUGCUUACCUCCCGUCAUUUCCACCAUGGAUCGACUACCCCAGGAGAUUAUCGACGCAAUCGUCGAAGCAUUUCCGCAGGAUCUCGAAUUGCCACUGAGGCAGACCGCAAGUUCCAAGCGACGGAAACUCGAAUCUUCCCCAAGGAGAUUGAGCGAGUUUAGUACCGUUUCCAAGGGGUGGCGGCGUGCUGUAGAACGGCGGCUUUUCAACACAAUCGACAGCAUCGGCUCCGGCGCUUUCCAGUUGUCCUUCUUCAAAACCAUCCUGGAAGGAGAAAGCAACGAGAAUCGUCGAGACUCGGUCAGGAGUUUUACGUACACAACAUAUCUCGCAUUCCAAGGCCAGCAGAGCAUGACGGACUUCGUUCGCGACGGCCAGCUAAGGCUAUUCUAUGAGUUCAGGGAAUUUUUCACAGUCAUUAACGACAUAUGGUCCACCGACCUGGGAGAGAUCAAGAGGCGGCCAUUAGCCCUAACGGUCAGUAUCGUCGGGAUUGGACAUUGGGAUCCCGAGUGCGACGAGAACGCCUUUACAUUUCCUCAGGCGGCAACGAGGCUUCCACUCGCUCCGGCAGUUACCUCCCUGAAAAUCGUUUUCGAUCAGGCAUUGGACAAGGGACGUAGCCCCCGGCGAUUCAGGCAAUCAGGCAGGGGCAACCAGGUACCUCCGGCAUGGAUCUUGCAACCGUUGAUGGCCAAGCUGCCAUCGGUUGACAAACUCUCGUAUGAGAUGUUUGACUUUCUCGGCAAGGAACAAUUUCGGGACCGUUUGUUCACAGAGACAUUCCAUACCCUGACGGGCCCAUUGGCUACCAACUUGACCGAGCUAUACCUCCACGUCGGUCCGUUUGGCUUCCGUACCUUUAACCAACUUCCCAGCAAAUACUUAGCGUCUAUGGCUACGACCCAUGUGAGCAAUAAAAGCGGCGAGGACGACCACAGUCCCCGUUUCAACUCGGCAGUGAGACAGCUUAGUCAACAGCUCAGUGUCCUCCACGUCACCGGGCUAUUCGCGGUCCAUCCUGACCUUUUCUACCCCAAGGAGCUCACGAAUGGACGCGUCGGAGUCAGUUUGAAGAAAGCCAGGCUCCGAGAACAAUCGCUCGGACGAGGUCUUACAAUCGAUCGGUUUCUAUCACGAGACCCAAAGGAGCUCAACGAUCUAGCUGUCAGUGUGUCACGCGGCAUGCUUUGCAUGCCAAAGCUUGAGAGUGUUGAGAUUGCCUUCCGGGUGGAGUCCCAGGACCUGAUCAGAGGCGAAAUUGGAGGUCACGGUUAUUCUCAGAGAAUAACGUAUCAGAGAAAAUGGCUUGCGGAGACUGUGUUGGAUACCUCUGCCGAGGGAGGCACCAGUGCUACUUGCUACCUCUUGAAUGACAUCGACCUUCGCAAGAAUCAUGCGUUCAAGUCGGUGAUCUCGGACGAGGUGGAGGAGAAUCUAGUGGAGUUGAGUCGUAGACUCAGGGGCUUGUCGCUGUUUCCAAGCUGGUGA